AGAGAGAGAGAGAGAGAGAGCGAGAACACUUGCAGCUGCGGCUAAGGACGAAUCGACGUGUCCUUUUUCAUACCGCGACUUGCAUUCGCAAGCUUCGGCUCGUUUGAAUACAAGUUUUGUGUGCAGUGCGCCGCAGUAGUGUCCCCGCGGGAACCACCUGUUAAAGCUCUUGCUCUCUCUGCAGUUCCAUCUCUGAAGGUCAGUGAGGAUAGAUUUCAAGGUCACUGCGAAUUCAAUGUCAGCGCGCGUCAAUUUUGGCUAAAACGCUAAUAGUUGUUCUAUAACGCCUCGAUCGAUUAACAAUUGAAUAUAGGCGAUAUUGCAUGCAAUUUUCCUUCUACUACUUCUGCGACUUCGAUAUGGCAACGACUAUAACGCUUUCGUCCGGUCAUGAGAUGCCAGUUGUGGGACUGGGCACUUGGCAGUUAAACGAGGAAGAUGUAGAAGAUGCGGUCACGGCCGCCUUGGACUGCGGCUACAGGCACAUAGACACUGCUUUUAUUUACGAGAACGAAGAGGCCAUCGGCCGUAGUCUGAAAAAGUGGUUCGACGAUGGUAACGAGCGCGAAAAUUUAUUCAUCACGACUAAGUUACCAUUUUUCGGUAACCGAGCUUCGGACGUCGAAACUUACCUCAAGCUGUCUUUGGAGAGACUCGGCUUGGAUUACGUCGACAUGUACUUGAUCCACGCACCGAUAGCUUUCGUCAAGGACGAAGAGGAGCAUAAAUCGGCGAGAGACGAAGACGGAAACGUCGUGCUGGAUAUGGAUACCGAUCACCUCGAGACGUGGAAGGCAAUGGAAGCUCAGGUGGAGAACGGCUUGGCAAAAUCGAUCGGCCUCAGCAACUUUACCGAAGCUCAAAUUUUGAACAUUAUCGAGAACUCGGAAAUCAAGCCAAGCAACCUUCAGGUCGAGCUACACGCCUACUUCCAGCAACGAUCUCUCCGCGAGUUCUGCGCCAAGCACGACAUCGUCGUCACGGCCUACAGCAGUUUAGGCUCACCCGGCACGACCAACUCCAUGAAAACCGACAGCAGCUUGAUCCAGACGAGCUUACUCGAGCACCAAGUGGUACAGGCCAUAGCCGAGGCGCACGACAAGACGCCUGCCCAGAUUCUGCUUCGUCAUCAGGUGCAAACUGGCCUCGUUGUCAUACCCAAAAGCACGAAUCCCGAGAGAAUCGCUCAGAACAUCGAUAUAUUCGAUUUCGAGCUUAGCGACGACGAGAUGCAGCAGCUAGAUGAGCUUGAUCAGGGCGACGAUGGCCGGAUCUUUAGCUUUUCGCGUAUUAUCGAGGGAUGCGAGAAUCACCCGGAAUGUCCUUUUUAGAAGGCGGCGUGGACUUUAGAUGCUGAUAUCACUAGUUUGAGGUUUGAUUUUGUUCUGAAAUGUUACACAGAGUUUGAGCAUCAAUUUAUAAAGUAAGACUAUAAGAUAUAACCUAUGCGCAUACGUUGUAAAUUUUUAAUAAACGAGAGGAUUGUAUUAUUUUCAAUAAAGAUGUCACACACCAAAAUA